GAAGCGUCUUGAUAAUCAACUUAUGAUAUGCCUGUACACUUUGACGUUUCUCGACUAAUCUCUGUUUUAUAUCGGUGUGCGAUGGCACAUGUAAGUGAGAUUGUUCUGCAGAAGGCGCCGCUUCUGUUUGUCUGCCAAGGCCGAAUGUGUGAAUUUGGGGAAGUUGGUCACAGAUUUGUAGGCGUACAAUCUGGCAUUCAAUCGAAUCCUAUUGACAAGGAUUGCAUGGCAGCAAAGAAGCUUCAAGUCAAGGGUUUUGCCCAGGUCACUGCGCCCAAGGUAAUGAGCCAUAUUCUCCUGGAUCGUGCACACUUGAACUGUGCCCCUGCCUAACCAACAAUUCGUCCCAAGGAGCAAAGCAGAGCAGUGUGAAGGUGACAAACUUUUGUGGAUCAAACAGGAAUCCCCAGAUUUAGAAACUGUUCACGAAAAGAUAUCUGAGAGGAAAAAAAUGACCUGUACUUCAGCAAAACUUGAAAUGCAGUGUCGGCCUGUGUAUGAACUAAAUCUCAGAGGAUUAAGUGAACGGGUAGAUUGUCACUCUCUGCUCUGCUCACACAGUACACACAAGACCACAGCCAAGCUCAGUGCUUGCUCAUGAAAUAGAGUGCAUAUAACUUGUGGAGGUUCAGAUGUCUGGACCACAACUGAUGAUGUUGCUGGUCCCUUUCUAUCACGCAACCUUCGUCCAGCCUCUUUGUGGCAAGUACUCUAGGAAAGCAAUCCUUUGUACUCUCUUGAAGCAGACAACAGUAUGCCCUCUCUUCCCUGAUAAGAACCCUAUUGAUGCGAGGAAUAUGCAAAUGUGUAGUGUGGCUGCUUUGAUCACAAUUGAGUCUUCUUAGCUGGGGAUAGUAUCAUCAGUGCUCUAGUUCAACUGUAAGUGUCAGAAUGAAUAAUGUGCUUGCUGCAGAUUGGGAUAUAUAUAUAUAUAUAUAUAUUUGAAAA